GUCAAUUGUAUUUUUCGAGGUGCUUUUUUCUUCUUAGUUUACAAUAGAAUUCUUGAUACACAAAUAUCAAAGAUAAACAUAUUUUUAAUAAUAAUAUCGAAUAUUUUUUUUAUUCGAAUGAUUUCAAUAAAUUGGAUAAAAAAUGGCAGAUUUUGAAAUAGAUGUUUUCAAUGCAUUUGAUCAAACUGACGAUAAAAAUACAGAAAACGUGACAACUCCAAAAGAGUUUUCUGAAGAUACAUCACAUGAGAGAUUGAUUGAUCUCCAACUUAAUUCAAAACGUCUCUGCGAAGAAAACAUCGAUAAUGUAUAUAAAAAACAAAAAACCAAUGCAAUUUUGGAUGACAUUAACCUAGAUGAAUUAAUUACUCAAAUAAAAAUUCAUAAGAUUGAAACAAUUGAAUCAUGUACUCAUGAAGUAGCUGUUCCGCCAAAUCAUGAAUAUGUACCUUUAGAUAACAAAAUAACACAGCCUGCAAAGGCAUACAAGUUCGUUUUAGAUCCAUUUCAAAAGGAAGCUAUUUUAUGUAUUGAAAACAAUCAGUCUGUUUUAGUAUCAGCGCAUACUUCAGCUGGAAAAACAGUAGUUGCUGAAUAUGCCAUUGCGUGUUCACUCAGAAACAAACAAAGAGUUAUCUACACAACGCCUAUAAAAGCUUUGAGUAAUCAAAAAUAUCGUGAAUUUUUUGAAGAAUUCAAAGAUGUAGGAUUAAUUACUGGAGAUGUUACCAUCAAUCCAACAGCAAGUGUAUUAAUUAUGACAACAGAAAUAUUAAGAAAUAUGUUAUACAGAGGUUCAGAGGUAAUGCGAGAAGUUGGUUGGGUAAUUUUUGAUGAAAUUCAUUACAUGCGAGAUAAAGAACGAGGAGUUGUUUGGGAAGAGACUCUGAUAUUACUUCCAGAUAAUGUUCAUUAUGUUUUUUUGUCUGCUACAAUUCCGAAUGCUCGUCAGUUUGUCGAAUGGGUCGCUCAUUUACAUCAUCAACCAUGUCAUGUUGUUUAUACUGAUUAUAGACCUACACCAUUACAACAUUACAUAUUCCCUGCCGGUGGUGACGGUAUUCAUUUAGUUGUUAAUGAAGAUGGUGUUUUUAAAGAAGACAAUUUUAACAGAGCUAUGAUUUACCUACAACAACAAGGGGAUAGUGCGAAAGGUGAUAUGAAAGGACGUAAAGGUGGCAUCCGUGGAACGGUUCCCUCACAAUCAAAUAUUUUUAAAAUUGUUAAAAUGAUAAUGGAAAGAAAUUUUGCACCAGUUAUAAUAUUCAGUUUUUCAAAAAAAGACUGCGAAAUAUACGCUAUGCAAAUGGCUCAACUUGAUUUUAAUACUUCCCAAGAAAAACAACUUAUUGAUGAAGUCUUCAAAAAUGCUAUGGAUGUGUUGAGUGAAGAAGAUCGGAAGUUACCACAAGUAGAAAAUGUUCUUCCUUUAUUGAAAAGAGGUAUUGGCAUUCAUCAUGGUGGGUUACUUCCUAUUUUAAAAGAAACUGUCGAAAUAUUAUUCAGUGAAGGUUUAAUAAAAGCAUUAUUUGCAACGGAAACAUUCGCAAUGGGUUUGAAUAUGCCUGCUAGAACUGUAUUAUUUACUACUCCAAGAAAAUUUGAUGGUAAAGAUUUCAGGUGGAUCACAUCUGGUGAAUAUAUACAAAUGUCUGGACGUGCUGGUAGAAGAGGAUUAGAUGAAAAGGGUAUUGUUAUUUUAAUGAUUGAUGAAAAAGUAAGUCCUUCUGUAGGCAAAGAAAUAAUUCAAGGAAAAGCGGAUCCAAUUAAUUCAGCUUUCCAUUUAACAUAUAACAUGGUUCUUAAUCUUUUAAGAGUGGAAGAAAUUAAUCCAGAAUACAUGUUAGAAAGAAGUUUUUAUCAAUUUCAAAAUCAGGCAACUAUUCCCAUUCUAUAUAAUAAAGUAAAAGAACUUCAACAAUCAUUUGAUUCUAUUCAUAUAGACAAUUAUGAUUGUAUAGCCUCUUACCAUGAAAUCCGACAGCAACUUGAUAGACUAGGAGUAGAGUAUCGUAAUUAUUUAACAAAACCAGAAUAUCUUAUACCAUUUUUACAACCAGGAAGAUUAGUUAAGAUAAAAAACGAGAAUGACUGUUUUGAUUGGGGAAUAAUCGUCAACUUUAAAAAAAAAAAUUCAAAACAUCCUAAAGAAAAUAGUGCUGUGAUAGUUGAUGUAUUACUUCAUAUUUCGAAGCAAUCAACUGAAAAUGCUCCUACUGCUUGUCAUAACGAUGAAGAUGGUGAAAUUGAAGUUGUGCCUGUAUUACAUACACUUAUUUAUCAAAUCAGUUCACUAAGAAUUUACUACCCUAAAGAUUUACGUCCUCUAGACAAUCGAAAAAGCGUUUUAAAAACGAUUCAAGAAGUUAAAAAACGUUUUCCAGACGGUCCACCAUUGCUUAAUCCUGUUACAGAUAUGAAAAUUGAAGAAGCUGAAUUCAAAGAUAUUGUUAAUCAAAUAAAAAAUUUAGAAGAAAGGCUAUUCACUCAUUCAUUUCAUCAAGAUCCAAAUCUAAAGGAAUUAUACAAUAUAUUUUUAAAUAAAGAAGAAACAGGAAUUCAAUUAAAACAAGCUAAAUCAGAUCUAAAAAAAGCGAAGUCUAUAUUAAAAAUGGAUGAACUUAAAUCUCGAAAACGAGUGUUACGAAGAUUGGCAUAUUGCACAGGUGCAGAUGUCAUAGAACUAAAAGGACGUGUAGCAUGUGAAUUAAAUGGAGCUGAUGAAUUACUAUUGACCGAAAUGAUUUUUAAUGGAUUAUUUAGAGAAUUAAAUGUUCCACAAAUGACUGCUUUAUUAAGUUGUUUUGUGUGUGAUGAAAAAUCAAAUGAAAUGCCAAAAUUAGUUUCUGAGUUGAAUGGACCUUUAAAACAAAUGCAAGACUUAGCUCGAAAAAUUGCUAAGAUAUCAUUAGAAGCCAAUUUAGAGCUUGAUGAAGAUUCUUAUGUUGAGAAGUUUAAACCAUAUUUGAUGGAUGUAGUUUAUUCUUGGUGUAAAGGGGCUAGUUUCUUACAAAUAUGUAAAAUGACGGAUAUUUACGAAGGUUCUAUUAUUCGAUGUAUGCGUCGUUUAGAAGAAAUUUUACGACAAUUAAGCCAAGCUGCAAAAAAUAUUGGGAAUACAGAUUUAGAAAAUAAAUUUAGUGAAGCUAUAAAAAUAUUGAAACGAGACAUCGUUUUUGCGGCUUCUUUAUACUUAUGAGAAAUCAAAUAAAAUAGUUAUUUAAAAAAAAAAAAA